AUGGGACUUCAACGGAAUGGCAUGAAGAAGAAGAAGAAGCAAGGCGCAACCGACGAGUACUGGCAGGGGCCGGAGGUCGCGCACGCCUGGGUCUACGGCUACGGCCACCUCACAUGGGAGUGGCAGCCCUGUGUGGCACUCCGCGGCGUGCUGCACCCAGGACUCUUCGCGCUGCUGUUUCUCUUGAUCGACUCGCCGGCGCUCGUAGCCUACGGGCCUCGCAUGCUUCAGGGUGUCAUCGCUUCCUUUGGCGAUGCAGCUGUCUGCCGGUCUGCAGAAAGGCUCGGGGGCCCCUCAGCUGCCUGGUGGACCAUGGCAGUGCAUCUAGGUAGUUGGUUCCAGCUCUACUGCUUGCCAAGGACCUACUCCAGCUCGCUGGAGUCAGUUCUCUUCGCCCUGGCUUUGGAGCAGUGGCUCCGAGGCGCGCGGCUUCGGAGUGUCACGUUUGGCGCCGCGGCUGUGGCUCUGCGACCCACCGCUGCAGGCUAUUGGCUUGCCCUCGUUCUCUACGAGGUCGCUGUGGCUGCCCGGUGCGGUCAGCUUCGCAGACUUGUGCCAGGGUUCAUCCUCCCAGGUUUCGCGGUGGCGGUGUCCGUUUUGAUGCUGAGCACGGCGCUGGACUCGUGGUACUACGGAGAGGCGACGGUGGUACCCUGGAGUUUCCUUGCCUUCAACGUGCUCAGUGAUGGCAGCGCGCUCUAUGGCAGCCACGCCUGGUACUGGUAUGCCACGGAGGGCCUGGUCGGGGCCCGGAAGCUUUCCGGUAGCGUAGAUGGGGAACAAAGAGAGUGA